CUAGAGUCCUAGCCCAGACUAGUUAAACCAGAAUCUCUAGUGUGGGUCUUAAAAAUGAGAGCCAGAAAAAAAAACACGUCGGUUUUAUAUUUUUCAAUGAGCCAAAGUCCAUUCAGAAGAGGGAGUAGAGUCUAUCUAGCUGACUGGUUAUUUAUGUGUUAAUGAGUCAUAAGUGAAUUAGCAGGGAGUGUUAUAAAAGCCUUGGAGUGCAAGCUCACAGUUCUCUUGGUAAGAAGAGAAGGCUGCAAUGGACCCAGCUGUGGUUCUGGUGCUCUGUCUCUCCAGUUUGCUUCUCCUCUUCCUUUGGAGACAGAGCCCUGGGAGAGGGAAGCUUCCUCCUGGCCCCACUCCUCUCCCAAUUAUUGGAAAUAUCCUGCAGGUGGAUGUUAAGAACAUUGGCAAAUCCUUAACCAAUUUCUCAAAAGUCUAUGGCCCGGUGUUUACUGUGUACUUUGGCAUGAAGCCCGCUGUGGUGUUACAUGGAUAUGAAGCAGUGAAGGAAGCCCUGAUUGAUCAUGGAGAGGAGUUUUCUGGAAGAGGCCAUUUCCCAGUGGCUGAAAGAAUUAAUAAAGGGCUUGGAAUCAUUUUCAGCAAUGGAGAUAGAUGGAAGGAGAUCAGGCGCUUCACCCUCAUGACCCUGCGGAAUUUCGGGAUGGGGAAGAGGAGAAUUGAGGAAUGUGUUCAAGAGGAGGCCCGCUGCCUUGUCGAGGAGUUGAGAAAAACCAAGGCCUCACCAUGUGAUCCUCUAUUUAUCCUGAGCUUUGCUCCCUGCAAUGUGAUCUGCUCCAUUAUAUUCCGGAAUCGUUUUGAUUAUGUAGAUCAGACUCUUCUUAACAUGAUGGAAAAAUUCGAUGAAAACCACAGGAUUAUGAGCUCCCCAUGGUUACAGGUCUGCAAUAAUUUUCCUGCUCUCAUUGAUUAUCUCCCAGGAAGUCAUAAUAAAUUAUUUAAAAAUUUUGCUUAUGUUAAAAGUUAUGUUUUGGAGAAAAUAAAAGAACAUCAAGAAUCCCUGGACAUGAACAAUCCUCAAGACUUCAUUGAUUAUUUCCUGAUCAAAAUGGAACAGGAAAAGCAAAAUCCACAGUCCAAAUUUACUAUUGAAAACUUGCUAGCCACUGUAAUUGAUGUGUUUGGAGCUGGAAUAGAGACAACGAGUACCACCUUGAGAUAUGGACUCCUGAUCCUGCUGAAGCACCCAGAGGUCACAGCUAAAGUUCAGGAAGAGAUUGACCGUGUGGUUGGCAGACACCGAAGCCCCUGCAUGCAGGACAGGAGCCACAUGCCCUACACAGAUGCCACGGUGCAUGAGAUCCAGAGAUACAUUGACCUUGUCCCCACCAACCUGCCUCAUGCAGUGACCUGUGAUGUCAAAUUCAGAAACUACCUGAUCCCCAAGGGCACAACCGUAUUAACUUCACUGACUUCUGCACUGCAUGAUGACAGAGAAUUCCCCAACCCAGAGAGGUUUGACCCAGGCCACUUUCUGGAUGAGAGUGGCAACUUUAAGAAAAGUGACUACUUCAUGCCUUUCUCAAUAGGAAAACGAAUGUGUGUGGGAGAGGGCCUGGCACGCAUGGAGCUAUUUUUAUUCCUCACCACGAUUUUACAGAACUUUACCCUGAAAUCGCUGGCUGACCCAAAGGACAUUGACAUCACCCCCAUUGCUAGUGGGUUGGCCCAUGUGCCACCCUCAUACCAGCUCUGCUUCAUUCCUGUCUGAGAAAGGGCAGACCAUCGGGCAGAUGAUGGGUUGCCUGCAACUCCCCUCUGGGCAUCAUUCUCCUUUUUCCCACUUCAGGCAUACCUUCUCUGACCUCUCCUCUCACAUCUCCCCAUUCCCUUAAGAUCCAUUGAACAUCUAUCCUCCUUCAAUGUAAGGAGAGUUUGCUGAGUUACUGCACCAAUAUAUCUGCUAUUCCCCAAACUCUGUAACACUUGUGUUGACCACCACAUAUGCUAAUAAUUAUGUAGUACUGAGCUGUUAAUAUGAUAUCACUAUAAAACAGAGAAACAUGAUUAGUGUAUGACAGUUCAGAGACAUUUCUCCUCAAUAUGUUCUAAAUAAAAAUCAUUAUUAUUUGCUGGAUCAGUUAUCAGAUUUCUUUCUUUUGUGUAUAAUGUAAGUAAUAGAGUCCCAAGAGGCCUUGCUGGUCCUUAUAAUGAUAAGCACAAAGAGGGACAAAGGGGAAAUGGGCAAGGAAGUCUUUUGGCUGAGGGUCACCAAGAGUUACUGGACGGUUGGAUUCAAAACUGAAAAACUAUGUCCAGGAGCAGCUACAACCUGUAGGGUUAUAGUGAGAUGAUCAGCCAUAGGGAGGAAUGAACAUUAAGUGUUAGAAUUCAUGCUCUGAUUUUGUGUUACUGUGAACAUAAGAUAAAUAUUUGGAAUAUUCUUUUUACUUUGUGUUUCCAAGGUAGAUUAAGUUGAAUAUAUGCUUUCAUACUGCUAAUCAUGUUCAUGAUUGUUAUUUCUCUUCGUUGAACAACAAUAAAAUCCCUAUUAAUCUCA